AUGUCAAACUGCUUGAAGGGCAUCGGUACCUUUUGCAGCCGUGGCAAGAAGGAGGAGGCCCAGCCCCUCGCUGACCAGGCCGCUUCGACCGCCUCUGCCAAGCAAGCACCCUUUCAGGUAACCACGUCGGAUGGUACACAGGCCAAGCAAACGCCCAAGACGGCGGAGGCUCCGGCCUCCACGAAAGCACCAGAGGUCGCGGUCUGCGAGAAGGCGAAGCAGGGGGAGACCAAGCCCGGCGGCCCCGGCGGCACGCCCGCUCCCGCGGCUCCCGCGGCGGCAGCUGCUCCGAAGGCUGCCUCCAGCCAGGCUCAGAAGCCCGAGAGACGCCGGGCACCGGAUGGCCGAGCGUACACCUACUCCGACUUUGUCAAGUAUUUCGGCAAGAAGCAGGGUGAGAUGCAGUGGACGUAUGCUCGCAGAGUCUAG